AUGCUGCGAGUCGUAUAUGGUGCGGUGGCCAUGUCAGCCGGUGUGAUCGUUUUUUCAUUCCUUCAGGAGCGUGAAAAGAUGGAAGACAAGGAAAUAGAGUCUGCAAGGCGUCCUGUAAGUACGGAAUUAUUCUUCCAGGCGAUGGAAAAUAUGCCGUACUUGUCAAACCAGCAACGGCUUGAGAUGCGGCGAUUCUGGCGCAAUUUGACCAAGAAACACCAGCGGCGUCUAGUUCGUAGCAACAAUAAUGACUUGAAAAACACGGAAGAGGAGCUUACUAUUGACCACUUGGUCUUGAGAGACGUACAGGGUUUUGCACAGGAAUACAAACGUGUGUUCCCCGAUAUUUUUCCAGAAAAACAGGUGUUGGAGGCAGCAGAAAUAGCUGCAGAUCCGGCGAAACGAGUGUCCACAACUUGGAGUGGAUUCAUGGAUAGUACAAGUACUAUGAUCUUAUCCACUGGCAAGAGAUUGAAUCAUAUUGCAAAGGAUACGAAGGACGAGGUGCAAUUUGCCAUGCAUCGUACAGUACGAAAAGUACUUGAGAGUGCGCUGAAUAUUGUUGCAACGAGGUUAAAGCAAACACUAAAAGAUCCGGAUAUGCCGAGUUAUCUCAAGUCAAAUAUUGACAUUGCCAUCGAACAGUUUAUGCCGGAUGUCAAGAUAGAGAUAUUUCGUAAGACGCGUGAAUUGUUUGGUCAAGAUAUACCGACGAAUAAAAUGGAGGAAAUUGACAAUAGUCACAAGAGUAGAGGUGAAAGUGCUUUGCCGAGCGGACAAGGAGAUGUUAAUGUCGUUCCAGUCGCAAACCAAAGGUUUUGCUUCUUUCGCCACCUUCGUGGACAUAUUCUGCAUCACUUGUUUCCACACGAUAAGACUAUUUGGCGAUCUUUUAAGGACCCUUGGUGGAUAGCGUACACGAGUGUGGGUCUUCUGCCGGCAGUGGGCCAGUUGUGGUGGAUUUUUUUGUUUAUGAUAAAGGACAAGACGAACGAACACCAGUUGUGUCAGUUUAUUGUGGGGUUUAAGGCGGCGCAAUUCGUUACGCUAGGCAUUAUGCACAUGAUGUUUGGAAUCUGUAUGUACGUGAUGUGUGUCGUGCAAGGCUCCAUGCUGGCUUGCCAAGAUGGAGGUGGUCCUUCUUUGAGUGAGGGGACGGCUAGCUUUUUCGUGUUGCAGAUUGUGCUUGUCUGGGCGGCAUUUUUCCGAUUGCCUUACACGAAGCGUCCACUAGAGACUACGUUGUAUCGGACGAAACUAAUGGAUCUACGAGAUUGUGGUGUAUUUCACGAUGCAUUUGGUAACGAAGUGCACUUAAAUCGUGGCGGCUAUCUUGUGAAGUUUUGCGGGUACGAGACCGUAUCCUUCAUUGUUAUUAUGGCCCUUGCGGGUCUUGUGCUCUGGUUACCCUUUGAACCGUGGCAGCGUCAGGCACUUUUCUAUUGGAUUCGUACCGCUUAUGGACUCUUCUCGUUCCCGUUUCUGAUUUUCAAGAUCCCCGUGCUGGCAAAAGUAUUGAUGCACACUCGACAAAUGGGCUACAACGAGCAAGGUGAUACGGUCCGGUUUAUCGUUAAGAAGCGGGACCGUAUCUUGUCCACAGGCAAGAGAUUGAUUCAUCGUCAGGACUUGCGUGCAGUCUUUGAAUACCUUAAUGAGUAA